CCCCAUGUUACCUACCAUUCCUUUCGCGGGUAAUAUCAUUGACUCGAGAAGAGAGUUAUACAAUAUUUUAAGUAUGGCUCAAAGAACUUUGUUUAAUUAUUUCACAAAAUCUCCUGUCGCCUCGUCUCCUAAUAGUGUUAAAGAAGCUCCUAAAACUCCCGAAACAAAGAAUCAACUUGACGAAACGUCGAAAUUAGGAAGUAAAUCCUUCAAAACACCUACAACCAAGAGUCAGUCAAAAAAGGCUAGUGAAAUUAAAACACCGAAAAAUAGUUCUAAUGGUGUAAAAAAAGAGAAUUCUGAAACUCCAUCAACAGGAAAAAAAGCUAUUUCCAGGAAAAGAAUCAUUGAACCUGAAGAUGAUUUUGAACUUGAAGACAGUCCCAAAGAAAAACCAGAAGGAUACCUUCUUGACAGUGAAGAUUCUGGAGAUGAAUAUGUCCCAGAUGACAAUCAAUCAGAUGAUGAUGAUGAAGUCUCUGAACUGUCUGAGUCUGAGCCAGCAACACAUUCAGAAGAAGAAAGUCCCGUGAAGGCAAGAAAAAGAAAAAGAGGUGACAAUAAAGAAAAUAAACCAAAUAAAAGAAUUCUCCUGUCAUCAUUCAUCAGCGGCAGCAGUAAAACUCCAACGAGAGAGCCGAUGAAACCUGUUUCAACUCCUAGUAGCAGCGAGAACCAUUCUGGUGGAGGCGAUGGUGAAGGAAAAACCUGGACUUAUAUGAAUUUUGAAUUUCUUAAACCUGAAAAAAUACGUGAUGGUAAAAAAAGACGCCCUUCAGAUCCUAAUUAUGAUCCUAGAACCCUCCACGUCCCGGAAGACUUCCUGAAGGGACUUACACCAGCUAUGCGACAAUGGUGGGAAAUGAAAGCUAAGAAUUACGAUUGCAUACUUUUCUUCAAAGUAGGGAAGUUUUAUGAGUUUUAUCAUAUGGAUGCUGUUAUAGGUGUCAAAGAAUUGUCCUUAACUUUCAUGAGAGGAGAAUAUGCUCACUGUGGAUUCCCCGAGAUAGCUUAUGGCAGGUUUUCAGCUAACUUAGUCGAUAAAGGAUAUAAGGUGGCUCGUGUAGAACAAACUGAAACACCAGAUGCUAUGAACGAAAGAGUUAAACAUAUGUCAAGGCCGACAAAGUUUGAUAAAGUUGUAAACCGUGAAAUAUGCCAAGUCACAACAAAAGGUACAAGGAUAUUCACUGUGGUGGAUGGUGAAUCGAGGGAGGCUCAGGGACAAUAUUUACUUGCUAUUAAUGAAAAGGAGAACGACAGUGUCACUUCAACUUAUGGGGUCUGCUUUAUCGAUACUUCCAUUGGCACUUUUCAUAUCGGACAGUUCAAAGAUGACCGCCACAGCUCACGCUUAAGGACAAUGAUAGCUCUGUAUCCUCCAGUCCAGGUACUAUAUGAGAGGAAUAGAAUCUCCAAACGAACCAAACAACUUCUUGAUACAUCGUUGAGUGGUGCUGUUAAAGAAGCGUUGGCUCCAGAGUCUGAGUUUUGGUCUUCUACCUCUACUCUGACAAAACUUGCUGAAAGAAAGUAUUUUGGAGAGGAAGGUUUACCUGAAGUAUUGAAAAAUUUUGUGGGGAACAGUGAUAGUUUAGGAUUGACAGCUGAUGAAGAAAGUGAAUUGGGUGUGAGAUCCCUCGGAGCAGCUAUAUGGAUGCUGACUCGUUGCCUUCUCGAUUACCAACUUGUUUCCUUGGCACAGUUUAAAAUUUAUAAGCCAAUCGAUAUUGAGCUAUCUCCAGAUUCGAUUAAAACGCAAGAUAUUACCAGUAGGCAUAUGAUAUUAGAUGCGGUCACUUUGAGAAAUUUGAAUGUAAUUGAUAAUGGCUGUGGAGGUCUUCAAGGAACAUUGCUGCAUCAAAUUGAUCAUUGCAGCACUCCUUUUGGUAAAAGGUUGCUUCGAUACUGGCUCUGCAACCCACUGACGAAUAUUGAUAGUAUUAAAGCUCGCCAAAUAGCAUUAAAUGUUCUCUUGGAAAAUACAAGCAUUCUCACUGAUGCCAGCUCAAUGCUAUUGAAAGUGCCAGAUCUGGAAAGACUUUUAUCGAGAAUUUAUGCACAAAGCUCCAAAGGAUUAGAAGGAAGUCAUCCUGACAACAGAGCAGUGAUGUUUGAAGAAAAAAUCUAUUCGAAGAGGAAGAUAGCUGAAUUUAUUUCUGUGUUGAACGGUUUUCAAACUUUACAAGAUGUUGUUAAACUAAUUCAAGAAUCCAGCAAUAUUGCUAGUGGGUCUGAAAUUCUUUGCAACUGUACAAAUUUUCCUUCCUGUGACCCCUCAGGAAGUUUCCCAGAUCUGACGGAGCAUUUAAAUUUCUUUAAGAAUGCUUUCGAUCAUGAAGAAGCUGAAAAGGAAGGCCGAAUUGUCCCUAGUGCUGGUGUCGAUCCAGAAUAUGACAGUGCGCUAGAUAUGUUAGCAGAAGUUGAAAAGGACGGAAAAGCUUACCUCAGGAAACAGUGCGAAUACUUUGGCUGUAAAGUCACAUUCACUGGCGCUGAUAAGAAGAGGUUUCAGCUGGAGGUUCCGGAAGGGGCCGCCAGGAAAGCAAACGACGGCUAUGAGUUACAAGGGCAGCGUAAAGGUUUCAAAAAAUAUUGGACGGCUGAAACCAAGGAGUUGUUAGAAAGGCAAUUUGCUGCUGAAGAACUAAAGAACAAUGCCCUUUUAAACCUAAGAAAAAGGAUAUUUUCACGUUUUAGUGACAAGAUCGAUGACUGGAGCAAAGCAUUGAACUGUGCAUCCGUGCUUGAUGUCCUCAUGUCCCUCGCCAAGUAUUGUCAAAGCAUCGAAAGCAACAUUUGCACUCCGCAGUUCUACGAAUCAAGCAGAUGGAGCAAACCGUACGUAAAUAUUAAAGAUGGCAAGUUUCCAUGUGGGUCAGGCGAUUUCAUACCAAACGAUACCGAGAUUGGAGGCGAGGGCCCAAGCAUUCUCUUGCUGACCGGCCCUAACAUGGGAGGCAAGUCCACUCUCAUGAGGCAGCUCGGGUUGCUUACUAUACUAGCGCAGAUGGGUAGCAUGGUCCCUGCGUCAGUCAUGGAACUCUCCGUUGUUGACAGGAUUUUUACAAGGAUUGGAGCACAGGACGAUAUCAUGGCGGGUGAUUCCACAUUUUACCUAGAACUUUGCGAAACUUCUGCAGUACUUUCUCAUGCUUCAAGGCAUUCACUCGUACUCAUUGAUGAAUUAGGUCGAGGAACUUCAACGUAUGACGGAACAGCCAUCGCAGCUGCUGUACUGAAAGAACUUUGUAGAAUGCAAAGCAGACUCAUAUUUUCUACCCACUACCAUACUCUCGUCGACAGCUUCAAAGGUGACCCUAACAUUGGAUUGGUCCAUAUGGCGUGCAUGGCAGAGAACGAAGACGAAGAAGGCUCAGAGGAAAAUGUGACGUUUCUCUAUAAAGUGGCGUCAGGCGGUUGCCCCAAAUCGUAUGGGUUCAAUGCUGCUCGCCUGGCCGGUGUACCGAGGCACAUCACCCUUAACGGCGCAAAGAGAGCUCAUGAAUUGGAGGAAGAGGUGGUGAGAAGAAAAAUGUUUAGAGCACUCUUCACGUCUGAAAAUCCUGCCGACAUUAUCAGGCAGUUGAAAUGAUAGCCACUACUUUAAAAAGUAUUAUUCAAAAAGACUAAGUUACCUCUCUUGUAUUAAUGUUUGUCGUUUUUUAAGUAUACUUUUCAUUAUGUUUUUUAUCUUAUAAAUUUUUCUUAUCUAGCAUUACGCGAACCUAAUGCUACCUACCUAGCAAGGUUCACAGCAUUACAAGCCUUGUAAUAUCACUAUUUUAUGAUGGAUUUAUAUUAAUUAUGAAUCUAGCAUAUUGUUGAUCCAAUUAUUUUAAUGAAACCUUUUGGUUAUUAAUCAAGGUGUCAUUGUAAUAGAUUAUGAUAAGAUAAUCUGAUGAAUGCUUUAAGUAACUAUUACUUUUGUAUAUUAAACUGCAUGUAGUAUGUAGGAACAUGUUUACGUUUUAUUUAACUAUAAGUAAUUUUAAAUAUGUUUUGAUGUUGAGUAUUUAGAAAAAAUAAAAACAUCACUUGUAUAUUAAAUCUAUAUAAGAUUAAAUGUGAUAUACAGGCCCUCGACUUUCAUACUCUUUUUUUUUUUUGUGUGUGUAAAUUAAUCAAUUCAGAUUUAAUUGAUAUAAACGAAUCAUGUAAUACUUUGUAUUUUGGUCCCAAAUGAAUUAUGUGCUCAUUCUCGAGCAUUCUUCCUUGAGCAGUUUUAAUGACUCAUUUUAUUAAAAGUCUGGGAUAACCUGUAAUUAAAUUUAAUAUUAAUCUCCUUAGCCAUGAAAAAUUUAUAAUUAAAUUUAUCUCUCUAUUAAUAAUAAAUAAGAAUAAUUGCUCUUUAACUCAGGUUUCUAGUACUUAUGGAUAAAUUGUUAGUUGUAUAUAUGUCACUUUAUCUGCAGUUUAGUGUUAACAUAGAUGAGGAAUGGCUGUAAAAAAAUAAUAAUACUAUGUUUCUAUCAGUUUCUUUUCACAAUUCAAUAUACUCUCUCCAAAUGGUCCCUCAACCUCUUCAUGUUCUAUGUAAAUUCUUUGGAAAAAACAAGUUCAUGGUUUUCAGUUGUUUUUUUAUAACAACUCUAACAAGCACAGUCCAAGAAUCUCCAUUUCUUUCUCCCCUCGAAGUCAUGUUAUUUAUAAAGAAUUGUCUGAACUCGAACCUAGUGUGACUUCUUUUGAGUUGUAGAUUGUGAUCAUUUGUUGUUAUUCUUUGGCUUAGUGAAUACUUGGAUACAAAGUUGAAUGAGAAGACAUGUAUAUAGACUAUAUAUUCAUCUACACACAGUUGAAUACUUUGUUCCCGAUUAGUAGCUAAAUAAAGCUGAGUUUUUUUGGUCUGCUCUAAUGAACAAAUGAAAAAGAGAUGUUGGUAGAAGCGUUUUUUUUUUCAAAUUGUCCUUGAUACUAUUACAAUUUACUUUCUUUGACUUUUUAAAUUUUUUUUUGUUCCUCAUGAUGCACAGUGUUGAAGUUUUCUUUUUUUUUUCUCUCUCUUCUACAUCUCUACAAACACUAAAUAUUUUUUCUUGGUACAAUUUUUUAUAUUCAGUAUUAGUCAUGUCCCUCAAAAAAUGUUUUGAUCAUGAUAUGGUCUUCUCCGAAGACUAAAUCAUGAUCAAAACAAAGAUAAAAAUUGGGUUAAGGUAUUAUUCUCCAGAGAUAUCACACAGAAUAAUUAGAGACCUCUGAUAAGAAUUACACAUGAUGAAACAACAACAAAAAAAACUUGUUUUUGGACAUAAUUUGUAUCCAAGUGUUCACUUAAAGCUUUAGAAUCAAUCAAAAGUCUGAUCUGAACUUGUGAUCAAAUUUAUUUGACAGAUGCAUGUUUUUUUCUUAUAAUGUCAACGAUACUAAGUCCUUUUAGAACAAAGGUUGAAGUCUAUUGUUUAAACUAGAAGCAUAGGCUAUUGUUUGUCUGCUAAACAAUCAGUUAUUUUUUUAUAGCUACUCCUCAUAACUUAUGUAAAGAUUUGUGUUAUUUUUUAAUUGUUGUUUUACAGUUCCUCAUUGUUAACUAUUAAUAAACUUCUAGUAUUAUUUGUAUUUUUAUUUGUUCCUUUAUAGGUUGAAGAUUAAUUUAACCAUCAAGUGAUAAAGGAUGCAUUAUUACUAAUGGUAAUAAUGGGAGGAGGGAGGAAAUAUUUUGAUAUUGUAAAUAAAAAUGUUUUGUGGGCAGGAAUAUAAUAAGCAUGAAAGGAUUGGGGCGACCUGGUUAGUUAUCAAGUGAACUGAUACUUGAUGUAAGAUUAUAACUUUUUAAGUCAAAUGAUACUUCGGGGCGAGCUGAUCACUUAAUAAUUUCAUGUAUGUUUAAAUUUUAGGCAAAAUUAUUUUUUAUUUCUCCUCCACAGUGGCUACGUUUUGGCUAUGAUGUCAUCUAUAAGACUCAUACAAAUUCAGUUCAUAAAAAAAC